AUCCCCAGCUGGGCCAUCUCCCAGUGUCCCCUUGCACUCACCUGAGUCUGCCUACCACUCACUGCUCACUGAGGUGCCACAGACUGACCCUGUGCUCAGCUCCUCCCUGGAUGUGCGGGGUGAUUCCAUGUGUGAGCAGCCUUCCUCUUCCUCCUCCUCUUCUUUGGGGCCACCACUGAGCUUCCACCUCUCCUCACCAGAAUCCAGCCUGGACCCAAGCCCGUGGGUAGUACAGAUCCGCCGUGACGCCGUGGCCCUGCCGCCAGCUGAUGCCGUGUCCAACAUCCUGCCCAGAAUACAGCAGAGGUCCCAGGAUGUCCCCCAGGAGCAGGAGGUGAGCAGGUACCGCCUGGCGCUGAGACGCAUGGCGGGUGACCUUGUGUCCCUGCACCAGCGUGUCACCAGCCUGGAGGUGGAGAAUGGACAUCUACGGCACAGCCUGGCUGGGCGUCAGGAGCCGGGCCGUGCUCUGCUCGCUGAUGGGGACGUGGAUGUCAUGACCCGGGAAGAGAUCCUGGACCGGUUGGCCACCCUGAAGGGAGAACUGGUGUCCAGCACAGCGGAGAUGCGGCAGCUGAAGGAUCGCGUGCAGCGGCUGCAGAAUGAGCUGAUCCGGAAGAACGAUCAGGAGAAGGAGCUGGUGCUGCUCCAGCGAGCCCACAGACAGCAGCAAGCUGCCCUGCGGCGGUGCCGGGAGGAGGUGGCCAGGACAAAGGGCCUGGAGGAGAUGGUGAGGCAGCAGGAGAAGGUGAUCAGGGUGAUGGAGCGGAUGUUGCAGGAGAAGCUCUCCAAGAGUGCUGAGAAGCCAGCAGGUGAAGCCCCAGCUGGGGAGCUGCACGCCCUGCUGCUGGCUGAGAACCGCCGGCUACGGGAGGAGCUGGCAAGGCCCCCACGCCCCCCAUCACCCCCCAGCACCCCACAGCUCCCACAGGGCACCUUUGGUGGCACAGAGAAGCUGUCCCUGUUGGCCAAGCUAGAGGAGGCACAAGCCCGUGGGCGAGCAAUGGAGAGGCAGCUGGAGGAGGCAGCGAGAAGAUGGGCACGGGAAAAGCAGGAGCUGGGCACCAGGCUGCUGGAGCAGGACCACGGCUUUGGGGGCUCAGCCUCACGCCUUCUGCAUGCCACUGCCUUGAAAUGGCCCCCGGAACCCACCUUACCCCCCAGGAGACCCCGGACCCUGGACCCGCUGCCCUAG